CUUCGCUAAAUUCCCUUUUUUUCCAAUGACACAAUAGGUCACUUUAAUUAUCUGAAUCUAUGGACAUUCAAAAGUUUGAUGCUUUCAUACAUCACUCAGUUAUAAAGUGGAAAUAAGUAUAAAUAUUAGUCAAAAUGACAUUGACUGAUUGAAGGGAUCACGAACAUAGAAACAUCAAAACGUUUUCGUAUAAUAAUAAGAAAAAGGAACUCUGUUCAUGAAAUCUUUAGUUGAUCCCCUCACAAGUAGAAAAUUACUCAGUAUCGUAGUGAAUUAAUUUUAAAAACUAUGACAUACUCUGAUACGUACCUUUUCUCUUAAACGAGUUGCUGAAUAUUGUAUUGGAAUUCAAAAGGUUUAGACAUUUCGGUGCUUGGAUUUUAGAACUGCGUACUUUAGCUCGUCCCAUGUUCUCAAUAAACUAUAUUAAAAAUUCAGUUCUUUCUGAUCUUACCAUAUGCGAAUAGGCUAGACGAAUUGACACCGUCUGUAAUAAUUUGAAAGGCUUAUCCAUACUUGGUUUGACUAGUUCGACUCACCAUUUAUCAUUAAUCUUCACCCAUUAGCUCCGUUCACCAUCCAAAUGAUCAUGUGAUAUCCAUAAUGAUCGGCUUUGUUCUUGUCAUUCUAUUUGUCUAAAAUGAAUAAAAUUAUUAGACAGGGAGAGACAAUCGUCCAUUCAAAUUUUGACAAAUUAAAGUAACUCCACCAAGCAUCUCUCUUAGUUUUAUUGGAAAUAUGGAUGAGAAAAUGAACUGAUCUUAAAUGUCUUGGGAUUUAUGGAUUAUUAUAAUAGCUAUGACCUAUAUGCAUAGUUAAGUGAUAGGAGGGUCAGAUUGGUAUUACGUAUUGGUAUUUUCAUGUGAUUACGUAACGUUAUCCAAAAUUAAGGAUAUUAAUCAUAACAUUCAUGAUCCCCUAUCCCGAUGAUUGGGCGAAAUGAGUGAGGGGUGUGUCCUUUACCCACAUUUUCAUAGGCUUUUAACUAUUCCUCUGUUAUAAAAAUAGUAUAAAAAUGUUCUCACCGAUUAGCUUUACGUUCCUUUUCAGUUUGCCAGUUGAUCAUACAUUGUCUACACCAUUGUGUCGUGUAGCCACUUCAAGACUGUCUCAAACUAAAACAUUUGAAAAUUUUACUGAAAUAUUACCAAUGCCUUUACGAUCAUCAUCAUGCCGUUAUGAUAAAGAAAAUUUUAGUAAUCAGAAAUCUGACAUACGUCAUCAUUUCCCUAUUCGCAACAGUAUCAACAGACUGUCAUACGUAGAAACUGAUAAUGUGAAAGCACCUGAUAAUAAUGUUGAUUCUCCGCUUACUACAUCGUGUAAUAUGAAUACGAGUUUAUCAUCUGUGGAUUCUAUUUUUUCGUUUGGUGGUGCAACACGCAAACGUCAAUCAAGCUCUGGUGAAAUCGAUACAAAAGCUAAGCAGUCACGUUAUACUGAAAGCCAAAAGUCUGUGAAGCUGAGAAAUGACAAGGAUACAAUUUGCUUGACAAUGGGUGCUGAGGUCAAAGCUCAUCCCAGGUACAAUCUGAGAAAGAAUGCACUUGAUGCGGACAUCAAUGAAGAUAAUGUACACAAUUCUAAGAAGCAUUUGGCUCCUAUUUGUCCUGUUCCCAUGCCAAGCGGCUUCCCCCUUCAGCUUCCAAUUCGUUACUCAUCUGUUUCACUUCCUUGGGAAAUGAAAUCCGACACAAGGUUCACUUCAUCAAGAACUGUGGAAACACAAACUUCACCUACUCGCAAUAAUCAGACUUCUGCUUGUGAAAAACCUAGAGGUAGACGGCAUACAGGAUUGGGUCUUCGUAAUUCUGCUACUGUUCAAGUACUUCAAAAUUUAAAACGAAAGUUUAGCCAUCUGAGGAGAGCAAUCAGCGCUGACAGAAUAAACAAAAGUUCUUCCACGCCAUCUGACACCAGAGAGUCCAGUAACUGCAAUUAUACAUCCCUUCCAAGGAAUCCAGACCAGUCAACUGAUCUAAAUAUACAACAAAACCCUGAAGCUACACCCUACAAACUUACUUGUAAAGUUGUACGUCAAAAUCCUGAUGGCUCUAUUCAGAUCUCAUUGAGACGUUCAUCAAUAAAUGGGCAAUUCGGGUUUUUUAUUGCUCGUGACUCUAAAGGUAAAUUUUGAUAAAUUUCACUGAUUCUUUUGUCAUUUUACUAUUACUGUCGUGUUCGUGUCAAUUUAGUGCAAACUGUUAUCGUUUGCAGCUUUUAUAUUUUUCUUUUGAUUUAUAACGAAGACAGUCUGUACAUUAGUUUACUUUACUCAACUAAUAAACUUAAACGUAAUAUCAAAUUCCUCUCUCAUUGUAUCUUUUUGUCUUUCAGGUAUAUAUGUGACUCGGUUGGGAAGUGUUCGAUGUGCGGCUAAACUUUGGGAUGUAUUUCAUGUUGGUGAUAGAAUUUUAGAAGUUCAAGGUUUGUCAUGCGAUAAUCUCGAUGUAGAAGAAAUUCGAAAUCUUAUACGUGGUUGUGAACUUGUUGAAUUUAAAAUUAAACCAUGCUCUCAUACAGAUUCAAAUUUUUCACGCAAACAUUCAUUAUAAUUGAGUCUUUCUUAAUUUGUUUUUAUUUCAUUCAGAUGAUAUACAGUUGUUAUUGCCUUUUAUUAAUUUCAUAAACACCUAUUUAUUGUACAAAGAUUUCCAGAUUUUUAUGUUUUUAAAGUAAGAUUGUAUAGUUAAAUAUCUCCUUGUAAACUAUUUUGAUUCUACUAUUAUUAUUAUGAUGUUGAUGACGAUGAUGAUUUAACUGUACUUAACAGAUAGAGUUAUAAAUAUUAAAUUUUUUUAAUUUCUCAUAUAAGAUAAUUUAUACAUUUUUAAUAAUACUUUCCUUGUUUCUGUACAUAAGAAAAUUUAUUGAAU